AUGAUCGUGUCCAACGUGAGCUUCAGCGGCUGCACGAGGGCCAAUAGCGCGCUGUGUGCGGGUGCUGCAGACAGGCACCUGGAACACAACUCGUACCGCACCACUCUCAGCCCGACUGGGAACCUGAUAGUCGCUGUGUGUUUGGGCUUUAUUGGCACCUUCGGAUUCCUCAACAACCUCCUGGUUCUCGUCCUCUUCCGCCGCUACAAAGUGCUGCGCUCGCCUAUCAACCUGCUACUGAUUAACAUUUCCUUCAGUGAUCUGCUGGUGUGUGUGGUGGGAACUCCGUUCAGUUUCGCGGCAAGUACACAGGGAAGAUGGCUCAUAGGAGAAAGUGGGUGUGUAUGGUACGGCUUUGCAAAUUCACUAUUAGGCAUCGUGUCCCUAAUCUCCCUGGCCGUGCUCUCCUACGAGCGUUACAGUACCAUGAUGGGCCCAACCGAGGCCGACUCCACCAACUACCGGAAGGUAGCCUUGGGCAUCGCUUUCUCCUGGGUCUACUCACUGAUGUGGACCCUGCCGCCGCUCUUCGGCUGGAGCCGCUACGGACCCGAGGGGCCCGGCACCACCUGUUCCGUGGACUGGAUGGCCAAGAGCGUCAACAACGUCUCGUACAUCAUCUCGCUCUUUGUUUUCUGUUUCAUCAUUCCCUUCCUGGUCAUAGUGUAUUGCUAUGCUAAGCUGAUGCAUGCAAUCAAACAGGAGUACAGCUCACUCAACUGUCAGUGCAUCAUGUCUUAA